UAUAAUAUAGGCUGUUUAAGGGUUAAAGAAACGAAGGGAUUAGAAGCAGGAUUUCUAAAUAAAAGAAGUCUCUAUAAAUAUCGAAAGGGCGCUAUAGGAAAUAUUAGUAUACUUAAGAUAGCUAUAAUCGUUAUCCCUAGUACCUUAAAAUACUAUAUUUAUUAUAAAGAUCAGUCCAAAACCAAGCCUUUAAUAAAACUAAAGAUCUUUCUUAAUAAUUUAAAGAGUAACCAGAAUUCCUCUUUAGAAAAGUUUAUAGUUGCUCCCUAUAAAAAACCUGUACUAGUCCUCCAAUAUCUAGAAUACCCUAAAGAUAUUACUCUUUACUAUAUAGUAAUAAAUUAUAUUUAUACCUAUAAGGAUAUACUCUAA